UCCAGCCUUCCCGCCCCCUGCGGCUCCCUCACUGCUCCGUCUCCGUGUCUCGCAGGCGGGGGGGUGACCCUCUUCAUUGCCUUGUACGAUUACGAAGCCCGGACAGAGGAUGACCUGACGUUCCAGAAGGGGGAGAAAUUCCAUAUUAUCAACAACACCGAGGGCGACUGGUGGGAGGCGAGGUCCCUGAGCACAGGGACCACAGGCUACGUCCCCAGCAACUACGUGGCCCCUGUGGACUCCAUCCAGGCAGAAGAGUGGUACUUCGGGAAGAUGGGGCGGAAGGACGCUGAGAGGAUGCUGCUGUGCCAUGGCAGCCCCCGAGGGACCUUCCUCAUCCGGGAGAGCGAGACCACCAAAGGUGCCUACUCCCUGUCCAUCCGGGACUGGGACGAGGUGAAGGGCGACCACGUGAAGCACUAUAAGAUCCGGAAGCUGGAUACUGGUGGCUUCUACAUCACCACACGAGCCCAGUUCGACACGGUCCAGGAGCUGGUCCUGCAUUAUAGAGAGCGGGCCGCGGGCCUGUGCUGCCGCCUGGCCGUGCCCUGCCACAGGGGGAUGCCCAAGCUGGCAGACCUGUCUGUCAAAACCAAAGACGUGUGGGAGAUCCCGCGGGAGUCGCUGCAGCUGAUCAAGAAGCUGGGCAAUGGGCAGUUUGGGGAAGUGUGGAUGGGUAGGACUCUCCAGCUGGGGGCUGGGGUCCUGAUGCUCCCUCUUCAUACCCCAGGGAGCUUGCUGGAUUUCCUGAAGGAUGGGGAUGGCCGGUUCCUGAAGCUACCCCAGCUGGUGGACAUGGCGGCCCAGAUCGCAGCCGGCAUGGCCUACAUCGAGCGGAUGAACUACAUCCACCGGGACCUGCGCGCUGCCAACAUCCUGGUGGGGGACAACCUGGUGUGUAAGAUCGCGGACUUCGGCCUGGCCCGCCUUAUCGAGGACAACGAGUACACGGCGCGCCAAGGUGCCAAGUUCCCCAUCAAGUGGACCGCCCCGGAGGCUGCGCUCUAUGGGAGGUUCACCAUCAAGUCAGACGUGUGGUCCUUCGGCAUACUCAUGACGGAGCUCAUCACUAAGGGCCGCGUGCCCUACCCAGGCAUGAAUAACCGGGAGGUGCUGGAGCAGGUGGAGCGGGGAUACCGUAUGCAGUGCCCCUGCGGCUGCCCGACGUCCCUGCACGAGCUGAUGGUGCAGUGCUGGAAGAAGGAGCCCGAGGAGCGCCCCACUUUCGAAUACCUCCAGUCCUUCCUCGAAGACUAUUUCACUGCCACGGAGCCUCAGUACCAGCCGGGGGACAACCAGUGAGCCCCCCUCUCUGAGCCAGCUGUGCCUGGGGCCCCUGCCCCACAGCAGCACCCCGCCAGGACUUCCCAGGUGGCACUGGACGUGCCCAGGCGGCACCCGGCCAGGACGUCCCUCUGUGUCCAGUCUGGGCCAGGCCCCUCUUUUUUUCACCGUCCCUGUUGGGGAGUGUUGUUACUCUCCUGCCGUCUGCGCUCCCCUCGCUGUGCCGGGACGGGGGGUGCUUUGCACAAAUGCCUCCUGUUCUACUGAGGAUCCCAUCCCCCACCCCAGGGCCCUCUCGGGGAUGGUCCCCCAUGGGUCCCCCCCUCUCCCUCCUCCUUGCCAGCUGCCUUCGGCCCCUAGCUCUUGGCUCUCUCGGGUUCUCUCUCUCUCUCUGCGGGGAGCAAUGAGGCACCGGAGGUGAGGCCAGCAGCCCACCAGCCUGCAGACACUGCGCCCCUCCCUCCCCCCAAAUGCAUGCCCUGGGCUUCAGAGGCCACUGCACCUCUGGGGCAUUGGCGGGGGGAGGGCAGGGGCGUCAUCCCCCACCAGGAUCUGAGCAGCUUUGGAGUGUCCUGCGGGCUGUGCAGCCCCAUCUCUUCCCCCCCCUCCCCAGUCUUGAGUGUCAGAUGUUUCCCGUGGCUCCAGCCAGCUGCCAGCAUCUAGCCCACCACCUGCAGCCCAAGUGCCCGGGGCAGAGUUGGGGGCUUGACUCAGCACAGGGUGGGUGCUCAGGCCCGGGGCAGCCAAGACAGCACAGAAGCUGUCUGCCUGCGAGGCCUGCCGUUGAGUGCCACGCUGGGCUCGGGGGAGGGUAGAAGCAGGACAGGUGGGGCACGGCCCUGGGGGCCUAGGGGCAGCUGGCCAGCGUGGCUGGAGGGCAGGGUUCUGCACGUUCGAGGUGUGGGGGGGAGUGAUUGCUGAGACGCUGGGCCCCUUGCAUGCCCCAGCCCCUCCCCUGCCAUGGAUGACACGUGGCAGCCAAGCCUCCUCUGCCCUAGCACAACAGGGCUGGGGGGUAGCUAGGAGCUGCCAGCUCCAUUCCCCCCUCUGGGCCUCCAGUGGAGCGGUGCUGCCCUGCGGUCCUGCCCUGGUGCUCACCCCAGCAGGGGGCGCUCGCCGGGCCUUGUGCACUUUUGUACGUGUUCUGCCAAGCUGUGCGUUUAUUUAUAAGCCUUCCACAAACCCUUCUGCCCCCCUCCCAGGGGCGCGGGGGUCCCUGUGCUCCUCGGAGUGGGGGGAGCUGGCUGGGAUUUUGGUUUUCCUCCCCCUCCCCCUCCCCACCUGUAAUUCUCGCUUUUGUGUCUUUUCCUUAAGCAGAGCCAAAUUGUUAAAAGCCAUAAACUGCUGCUCGGGGGAGGGGAGCCGGCAGUGCCAAAUGCGUCUUAAAGCAGGAUCAUGUGUGUCCCCCCCCACCAAAGGCAGGGCUGGGGGGGGCAGAGCUGUCCCCUCUAUAGGAAUCCCAGGCCCUGGUCCCAGGAGACGAGGCCCCGGGGGCAGGAAUGUCAACUUCCCCGUGCAAGCACAGCCUGUCUCACGCUGAGCCUGGCUCUGCUCUGUGGGCCGUGGCG